AUGGCAACCUCGACUUCCCCACGACUAAGCCUAUCCGAUGUUGAAAAACUGCCAGCAUCAGUAGCACACCAUGAGACCUACGCCGAUCUCCCUCCUAUGGACCCAGUCGCCCUGAGGAAACUCACGCGCAAAUGCGACUUACACGUCGUCCCACCGCUCUUCGUCCUCUUCCUCCUCGCCUUCCUCGACCGAACAAACAUUGGGAAUGCGAAAAUCCAAGGCCUGGAAGCUGGUCUCGGCCUCUCGGGUCCUCAAUAUAACAUCGCGUUGUUCAUCUUCUUCGUGCCAUACAUCCUGUUCGAGGUGCCGAGUAAUAUCUUGCUGAAGAAGAUUGCACCGAGCACAUGGCUCUCGUCGAUUAUGUUUUUAUGGGGGAUUGCGACGAUGGGACAGGGGCUUAUUAAGGACUUUGGUGGGAUAGUUGGGAUGAGGUUCGUGUUGGGGGUUUUCGAGGCUGGCUUGUUUCCAGGGUGCAUCUACCUAAUCUCGAUGUAUUACGAACGUUACGAGCUACAAUGGCGACUUAGUCUAUUUUUCUCCGCUAGCAUCAUCGCCGGUGCCUUCGGUGGGCUUCUGGCAUAUGGCUUGGUCAAGAUGGACGGACUCGGCGGAUACGAGGGGUUCAGAUGGAUUUUCAUAAUCGAGGGUCUAGCCACGGCAGUCAUUGGCGCUCUCUCGAAGUUCUGGAUUGUGGAUUGGCCAGAGACUGCCAAGUUCCUCACCGAUGAGGAGAGAGCCAUGCUCAUCCGCAAGCUUGCGGUUGAUGUUGGUGAUGCUCGCAUGGACAGGUUGGAUAGCAAGAGUAUCAAGAGGACGUUGUUGGACUGGAAGAUCUGGUGUGGGACCUUGAUGUACAUGGGCGCCCUCGUAACAGGCUACGCAACCUCCUUCUUCAUCCCAACAAUCAUCAAGCAAAUGCACUACACCGCUGCUCAAUCCCAGCUGCGCGCAAUCCCCAUUUUCGUCGUCGCAGCAGCAGCCUGUCUCAUGGUCGCCGUCGCCGCCGACCGACUUAAGCAUCGCUACAGCUUCAUCAUCGCCGGCUGCCUCAUCGGCAUAGUUGGCUACGCCAUCCUCCUCAACCUCGACAAUGUGAACGUCGCCACCCGCUACAUGGCAGCCUUCUUCAUCACUACAGGCGGAUUCAUGGCACAGCCCGUUACCCUGGCCUGGCUGGCCAACCAGAUGGGUGGGCACUACAAGCGCUCGAUCGGGUCAGCGGUGCAGAUUGGAUUUGGGAAUCUGGGUGGGAUUGUGGCGUCGAAUAUCUUUUUGAAGAAGGAGGAGCCGCAUUAUCCUGUUGGGUUUGGGACGGCGUUGGGGUUCUUGGGGUUGACGAUUAUUACUUCGACGGUUUUUUACAUUGGGUUGAAGUUGGAGAAUAGGAAGAGGGAGGCGGGCGGGAGGGAUUAUAGGUAUCAGGAGGAGGCGAGUGAGUUGACGAAUAUGGGAGAUGACCACCCAAGCUUUAGGUUUACUUAUUAG